UGCCGCUCCUGCCUCCGCCUCCUUCUUCCUGCGCCUCCUCUGCUCCCUGGGCACCGAGGGCGAUGGACGCCGGCUGCCUGUCGGCCCGCAGCCUGCUGCUCUUCCUCGGUUACCUAUUGCAAGCAGCCCUGGGCACAACAGUGAUCCCGUUAUGUGGGCCUGGUGAAAUGGAGAACUGCACCACAGCGCUCAUUCAAACAGAGAACAGCCCACGCGUGGCCCAGGUUGGGAUAACGAGAUGCAAGCCUGAAAUGAAGGACUACUGCUUCCAUGGGCAGUGUGUGUACAUCGUGGACUUGGAUGAGCAUUACUGCAGGUGUGACGUGGGCUUCUCCGGCGUGCGGUGCGUGCACUCGGAGCUGGUCCGGCAGCCCCUCAGCAAGGAGUACGUGGCACUGACCGUCAUCGUGGUCCUGCUCUUCCUCGCUGCCCUCUCUCUCGCCGGCUACUACAUCUGCAGGAGGUACCGGAACAAGAGGAGACAAACAAAUGCCAGUGAAUACAAGGCAGUUGGUGCCCUAUAGGAAAAACUGUGUCUUCUGGCAGCAUUCUGUCCGCCUCGAUGGACUCAGUGGCUACCCAUCUAUUUAAAUGU